CUCCAGGAUGUGUUUACCGGGAGGAGCACACAGAACGGAGGAGAGCAGCAUGAGGAGAACGUGAACAAGAAUGGAUAUACGAAAUGUUUUCAGGAGAGUGGACAUCAACCCUCCACUCCAGCUCCUGCUAGGUCUCUGUGCUGCCUUCAAGGUCCCGUUAACAGCCGUUAACUUGAAACUUCAGGGCAGUUUAGAGCUCUGUUUACUGAUUAAAGUCCCUCCUUCAUGCAGAGGUGUUAAAGCUGAACUUAGACCUUUGUAACUACCUGCUGCUGCCUGCUGACGUGUCAAAGCCUGAAACAACCCUUCACACAAACAGGAAGCAGUUUGUGAUGCUUCCUGAGUAAAGAGACGAUCAGACGGAGCUUCAGCGUCCUCAGACUGAGUCCAGCUACAACUCUGCUGCUUCCAGACAAACACUGAAGGUGAGUCUGAGCACAAACACCACUCAGAGUCACAGCAGCUUCCAGAGAACGCAGUGACUCACUGGACUCUGCUGUGUUUCCAGCUUCACUCAGAACAAAUGGCUUCCAGAUCAGAGGAGGAUCUCUGCUGUCCGGUCUGCCAUGAGGUCUUCACAGAUCCUGUUCUUCUGUCGUGUAGCCACAGCUUCUGUAGAGAAUGUCUGAAGACCUGGUGGAGGCAGAAACCAACACACGACUGUCCAGUUUGUAAGAGAAGAUCUUCUAAAGAACAUCCACCUCGUAACCUGGUUCUAAAGAAUCUGUGUGAGUCGUUCCGGCAGCAGAGAGCUCAGAGAUCUUCAGAGUCUCUCUGCAGUUUCCACUCUGAGAAACUCAGACUCUUCUGUCUGGACCAUCAGCAGCCAGUGUGUCUCGUCUGCAGAGAUUCAGAAAAACACUCCAACCACAGGUUCAGACCCAUCGAUGAAGCAGCUCCACAACACAGGAAGGACCUUCAGGAAACUCUGGAGCCCUUAAAGGAGAAGCUGAAGGUUUCUGAAGGACUUAAAGUGGAGUUUGAUCAAACAGCAGAACACAUUAAGGUCCAGGCCCGACACACAGAGAGGCAGAUCAAGGAGCAGUUUGAGAAGCUUCACCAGUUUCUGAGAGAGGAAGAGGAGGCCAGGAUGGCUGCACUGAGGGAGGAAGAGGAGCAGAAGACUGGGAGGAUGAAGGAGAAGAUGGAGGCUCUGAGCAGAGAGAUAGCAGAUCUUUCAGACACAGUCAGAGCCACAGAGGAGCAGCUGAGAGCUGAAGACGUCUCAUUCCUGCUAAACUACAAGGCUGCAGUGGAAAGAGUCCAGCGCUGCCUCCUGCUGGAGGAUCCACAGCUGCUCUCAGGAGCUCUCAUAGACCAGGCCAAACAUGUGGGCAACCUGAGCUUCAACAUCUGGAACAACAUGAAGGACGUGGUCUCCUACACUCCUCUCAUUCUGGACCCAAACACUGCACAUCCAGAACUCAUCCUGUCUGAAGAUCUGACCAGUGUGAGACGAGGAGGUUAUCAGAAGCUUCCUGAUAAUCCAGAGAGGUUUUCUGGUUACUGCUUUGUUCUGAGCUCUGAAGGCUUCAACUCAGGAACUCACAGCUGGAAUGUGGAGGUUGGAGACAGUAAAGACUGGUCACUGGGUGUGGUAGAAGAGUCUGCCCAGAGGAAGGGAGGCAUAUGGUCUGGAUCAUGGAGAAUAAGGUUCUGUAUAGAUAAAUACUUAGCACGGUCACCUCCAGCUUCCCCCACUGAUCUCUCAGUGCAGAAGAAGCUCCAGAGGAUCAGAGUGAAUCUGGACUUUACCAGAGGAACGCUGUCGUUCUCUGAUGCUGACACUGAAACUCUCAUCCACACCUUCAACCACACGUUCACUCAGAAGAUGUUUCCCAUCAUUUGUAUUUAUGAUGGUGAAGUAAAGAUUCUACCAGAGAAGGUCUCAGUCAGAGUGGAACAGAGCAGAUAA